GACAGUCUCACCCUGUACUCUAUAUUUCCUAACAGAAGAGCACAGCAAGCCUGCUAUCAUGUCUGAAAAAAAGAUGACCUCAAGCCGUCGGCAUCAUCUCAAGAGUUUGAUACUGGGUAUAGCCAAGGACCUGCUGGCGGCUGAGGAAAAGCAGACAGAGGAGGAAAGAGUUCGCUAUAUGGAGGAGAAAUGUCCUCCUCUGUCUCUGCCUGGCUCACUGCAGGAAUUACAGGACCUGUGCAAAGAGCUUCAUCAGAAGAUUGAUGUGGUGGAUGAGGAGAGAUAUGACCUGUCUGUUAAACUGGCCAAGAGCGAAAAAGAGAUUGAGGAUCUGAAGAUAAAGGUUCAGGACCUGAUAGGUAAAUUCAAGAAACCCGCUCUUAAGAAAGUGCGUAUGUCUGCUGAUGCCAUGCUGCAGGCCCUGCUGGGCUCCAACCACAAAGUGUCCCUGGAUCUUGGACAAUCACUUUUUAAG